UUUCCACGUUUCAGCAGCCGGUGACUGAGCGAGGCAGACGACCACAGAGCGGAAUCACGACCAUCCUUUUCAGUUUUAUCCUCUGCAAACACUGACUGACAGCUCGUCCCACCCGUGUCCCCUUCACGGCCGCGUUCCCCCUCGCUCAUGAAACACACUCAAAUCCAUCACCGAGCGACUUGAACCCGCAAAAGUGAGCCGACAGAGACGGAGUGGACUUCUUUCUUUUUUAAAAUCUCUCCUGCUGCCCGUCUGUCCUCUCUCAGGCCGAAAUUCCCACAGAGCGGCUUUCUGUGAGACCCGGAGGAGAUUAUCUUCCCGCAGACCCCCGCAUCUCUCUCCCUGUCUGUAGCUGACUCAUAUCUGCUGCGCUCGGGACCAUGGCGGAGUACAGCUCUCUGCUCAGCGACCUGUCUGAAAACAUCACCAACGAAGACUUGGAGCAGCUCAAGUCGGCCUGCAAGGAGGACAUCCCCGAGGACCAGAGCAACAACAUCACCUCCUCCAAGGAGUGGUUCAGCUACCUGGAGAAGAACGACAAGCUGGCCCAAGAUAAUCUGUCGUACAUCGAGCACAUCUUUGAGAUUUCGCGGCGACCGGACCUGCUGACGAGGGUGAUCGAGUACCGCACCACCGUGCUCAAGAUCUCCGAGGACGACGAGAUCGACACCAAGCUCACACGCAUCCCCUCAGCCAAGAAAUACAAAGACAUCAUCCGCCAGCCCUCUGAAGAUGAGAUCAUCAAGUUGGCCCCUCCCCCUAAAAAAGUGUGAGGUCACGACCCUCAGCCCUGAUCUUUGCACCUUGAUUUCUUCACUCCUGGCACUCCAAUCAACCGACCAACCGUUUCUGACCAACCCC